CAGUGUUAAAUGAAUAAUUAACGACAAACUCAGAUUUUUGGGUCCAUCUAUAGUAAAUGAUGACGCCUCACUGUUUUGAUUUAUGGGACACUUGAAUAGAGCAGAUUUGUUUUUACUGUUAAUGAAACUUUUCUAUUACAACCCGUCAAAGUCUCUCUUGUGUAAAAACCUUAUUUGGAUGGAGAAUGUGAAAGAUUAACACUUGCUCUCUCAUUACCACCACAGAGGCGUCCCUUGAGACUGCAACUUGUCAGCAGAUCAGACUGGUUGUACUGGGCAGCAGUCCAUCACGACUAACCCCGUUUCACACUUCAACAGUAAAUCACCUCCCACAUGUCAGAUGUGUCCAGCAAUUGAAAUAGAACAAAUUAAUCAAAGUGAAAUGAAAUGAUAUCAAGUCUGAUUGUUUCUUUUCAGUGAUCGGCCAACUCCUUCAUGUUGGCCGAUCACUGAAAAGAAACACCACUAGACCUUGGAUGCCACCCACCUCAACUAUGACUUGAUUAACCUGGUAGGGGAGCACAGCGAAUGGGCCCAAAUCAAUGUUCAAUUAAAUUAGCAUAAAACAGCUGACACAACAUAAUAAUAGUCCCCCGAGAUUUCUGGGGUGCAGAGUCCUGUCUAGUUGUCAGAGAUGGACGAAAUAUUUAGAUAUUUUACAAAGUACAAAGGUACUGGCAUAUCAUUAUAGUUUAACUAAUAUAUUUGUGCAGAAUGGCUCAUUCUAAUUAUAUUACUGUAUUAUUAUUAUUAUUAUUGCAUUCAUAUGUACAUCACUUAAACUUUGCAGGUAAAGAUGGAGCUUUAUUAUAACCCAUAACAGUAUAUCAUAAUUAUUCGUUAUAUUAUAUUUUGUAUUUAAGUCACUAAAGCUGCCAGUUUAAUGUAAAACACAACAUAUGCUUCCAAAAUGAAGUGGGAGGGGAGUAGUGUCUACUUAUUUACAGUCACACACCAGUUUCCUUUUUUCUCAGGAUUUAUUAUUUACACGUCAAACUAUUUUUCCACCAAAAAACACUGCCACUUAGCGGCAGCAGGUGCAAUGACAGAUCAUCACCGUCUGGUUGCCUAGCAACGCCAAUUUGGAAACGUAGAUUGGCUGCGUUGCUCUGAAUGGCCGUCGUUAAAACGAAAUUAUAAAAGAACAUUACACGAUAAACCAGUUGAAACGAUGUUAAGUCGAAUAAAAGGCUGUUUGUUGUGCGCGUGUGUUUACGUUUUCCUUGAAAUACACAAGGUCGGAACCCGUCGACUCUAGGACCCAGGGGCGCGCGGCGGCACCAGACACCGGUUGAUGAGACGGUCCAGUCGGCAUCACACGUCCAAUUACCCGACGAAGAGCGGCUGCUCGCUCCGGUCAUCGUAGUCUCAAGUGAACUUGUCAGACGGGUCGAAGGUGGACUACAAUAACCCAGAGAAGCGAGAGCAAUUUCCCGCUGCCUUCUUGUCCGUCAACCCUCCAGCCACCGUGGCAAGAAGACCCCGUCGCUGGUCUCACCGGCGACAACCAUGAGCCAGAGAUUCACCGUCUGCAAGAGCGACGGCAACCGGCGCCCCUCGGACAUCCAGGGGGAGGUGAACCAGCUGUUUGAGGGGGACGAGCCCCCGAGCAGCAGCGGCGCGGAGGGGGAGGAUGCUGUCGGGGCCGAGGUGCUGGUGCUGAAAGGUGACGGUAAUCCCAAGGAGAGCAGCCCCUUCAUCAACAGCAGCGAUGCUGCCGCGGAGAAGAGCCAGCAGUAUGACGGCAAGAACAUGGCCUUGUUUGAGGAGGAGAUGGACACCAGCCCCAUGGUGUCGUCUCUCCUCAGCAGCCUGGCCAACUACUCCAACCUGCCCCAAGGUAGCAAGGAGCACGAGGAGGCCGAGAACAACGAGGCCGAGUCAUCGCGCAAGAAACCUGUCAAGGCCCCCCAGCUCGGCACUCUGAUGGGCGUCUACCUGCCGUGCAUCCAGAACAUCUUCGGAGUGAUCCUCUUCCUCAGGAUGACCUGGUUGGUGGGAAUUGGAGGCGUCGUCGGGACCUUCGCCAUCGUCUUCAUGUGCUGUACCACAACCAUGCUGACUGCCAUCUCGAUGAGCGCCAUCGCUACCAAUGGAGUCGUGCCAGCUGGAGGCUCCUACUACAUGAUAUCCCGUUCGCUGGGCCCGGAGUUUGGGGGAGCGGUGGGGAUCUGUUUCUAUCUGGGGACCACCUUCGCUGGAGCCAUGUACAUCCUGGGGGCCAUCGAGCUCCUCCUGAUCUACAUAUGUCCCAAGGCGGCCAUCUUUCCCCUCGAGGGCCUGGAGGGCGCCGAGGCAGAGGCCGCCCUGCUGAACAACAUGCGCGUGUACGGGACCCUCCUUUUGAUCUCCAUGGCCACGGUGGUGUUUGUCGGCGUGCAGUAUGUCAACAAGCUGGCCCUCGUCUUUCUGGCCUGCGUCAUUCUCUCCAUCCUGGCCGUCUACGUCGGCGUCAUCAUAACCGCCGUCGACGUUCCGGAUUUCCCUGUGUGUCUGUUGGGUAACCGCACUUUGAUUUCGAAGAACUUCGACGUGUGUGCCAAGACCAUCGAGUCGGCUAACGGGACAGUCACCACCCAGCUGUGGCGCAUGUUCUGCGACUCACCUUUCCUCAACGCUACCUGCGAUAAGUACUUCACCUCCAACAACGUGACCCAGAUACAGGGCAUCCCGGGGCUCACCAGUGGAAUCCUGUCAGAGAACAUGUUUGCGACCUACUAUGAUAAAGGGGAUCUGAUUGCCAGGAAGAACAUGGAGUCAAUCGACGACCCGGACGACCCUCUGACCAACGCAAACCGCUACGUGUUGGCCGACAUCUCCAGCUUCUUUACGUUGCUGGUCGGCAUCUACUUCCCUUCUGUGACAGGGAUCAUGGCUGGCUCCAACCGCUCCGGAGAUCUGCGUGACGCACAGAAGUCCAUCCCCAUUGGAACCAUUGCAGCCAUCACCACCACCUCCUUUGUCUAUAUGUCCAGUGUGUUUCUGUUUGGUGCCUGCAUUGAGGGCGUGGUCCUCCGGGACAAGUUUGGAGAGGGAGUCCACGGGAAUUUGGUGAUCGGCACGCUCGCUUGGCCGUCACCGUGGGUGAUCGUGAUCGGCUCCUUCUUCUCCACCUGCGGGGCGGGGCUGCAGAGUCUGACGGGAGCUCCUCGCCUCAUGCAGGCCAUCGCCAAGGACGGCAUCGUGCCCGCCCUCCGGGUCAGUCCGUCUUCCUUUUCCCUCACCUCUCCAGCGGUGUUGACGCGCCGGCGCUCCGAGCAGACGGUGAACGUGCCUCUGUCGUUCCUUGCAGAUCUUCGGCCACGCGAAGGCCAACGGAGAACCCACGUGGUCCCUGCUGCUGACGGCUUGUAUCUGCGAGAUCGGCAUCCUCAUCGCUUCCCUGGAUGCGGUGGCUCCCAUCCUCUCCAUACGCUGCUGAGGACUCCAAACUGGAGACCCCGCUUCAAGUUCUACCACUGGGCUCUGUCCUUUUUGGGGAUGAGCUUGUGUCUCACUCUCAUGUUCAUCUGCUCCUGGUACUACGCCAUCUUCGCCAUGGUAAUUGCCGGCUCCAUCUACAAGUAUAUCGAGUUCGCAGGUGCGGAGAAAGAGUGGGGAGACGGGAUCCGAGGCCUGUCUCUGAGCGCCGCUCGCUACGCCCUCAUGCGGCUGGAGGAAGGUCCGCCGCACACCAAGAACUGGAGGCCCCAGUUGUUGACGCUCGUUAGUACGGACGCCGAGCAGAACGUGGAACAGCCUCGCCUGCUCUCUCUGACCAACCAGCUGAAGGCGGGCAAAGGGCUGACCAUUGUCGGAACCGCUCUGGAGGGAACCUUCCUGGUGAACCACGAACAGAGCCAUCGUGCAGAGCAGGCGCUGCGCAAAGUGAUGGAGACCGAGAAGGUGAAGGGCUUCUGUCAAGUGACCGUGUCCUCCAACCUGCGCGACGCGACCUCCCACCUCCUCCAGGCCAGCGGGCUGGGAGGCCUGAAGCACAACGCCGUGCUGGUGUCCUGGCCUCACAACUGGAGGCAGGGAGACGAGCACCAGAGCUGGAGGAACUUUGUUGAGUUGGUCAGAGAGGCCACCGCCGCCGACCUGGCUCUGCUCGUCCCGAAGAACAUCGCCGCCUUCCCGUCCAACGGGGAGCGCUACACCGAGGGUCACAUCGACGUCUGGUGGAUCGUCCACGAUGGAGGCAUGCUGAUGCUGCUGCCCUUCCUUCUCCGACAGCACAAGGUUUGGAGGAAGUGCAAGAUGCGCAUCUUCACCGUGGCCCAGUUGGACGACAACAGCAUCCAGAUGAAAAAAGACCUGACCACAUUCCUCUAUCAUCUCCGUAUCGACGCCAUGGUGGAAGUUGUAGAAAUGCACGACAGCGACAUCUCGGCCUACACCUACGAGAAGACCCUGGUGAUGGAACAGCGGUCGGAGCUGCUGAAGCGGAUCAACCUGUCCAAGAACGAGCGCGAGAGAGAGAUCCAGAGCAUCACCGAUUCGUCCCGCGGGUCGAUCCGCCGCAAGAACCCGGCCGCCGUGACCGCCCAGCUGAGUGUCACCGAGGACCCGCCGGCGGCCAGCAAGGAGGAGAAGCCCGAGGAAGAGUCAAAGUCGGCCUCUUCCCCUGUGUCCCCCCCCGCCCAGGUCCAGCUCAUCCACGACACCCCGGCCAGCCCCGACGCCCCCGCCACCCUGCUGACCCCCACGGAGGGGGCUCAGAGCCCCGGGCAGCAGGUCCAGAUGACCUGGACCGAGAAGUGCGACGGCGAACCGGCCAAGCCGAAGCCGGCCGGCGCGACCACGCCGGAGGGCCUCAAGGACUUCUUCAACAUGAAGCCCGAGUGGGAGAACCUGAACCAGUUCAACGUGCGGCGGAUGCACACGGCGCUCCGGCUGAAUGAAGUCAUCAUCAAGAAGUCCUCCGAGGCCAAGCUGGUGCUGCUCAACAUGCCCGGGCCGCCCAAGAACCGGACCGCUGACGAGAACUACAUGGAGUUCCUCGAGGUCCUCACCGACGGCCUCACCCGGGUCCUCCUGGUCCGCGGAGGCGGCCGCGAGGUCAUCACCAUCUACUCCUGAAGGAGCAGCCCCCCUCCCCCCCUCCUCCUCCCCCAGCCCAUUUGCUCCCGCUCUCAUCAACGCUGCUUCUGUGCGUCGCUCUCACCGUUUAUUUUUCUCGCGCCCCGAAACCCGCUCCGCUUCGGCGCCUCUUCCCCCCCCGGCAGACCGACGAGUCGCGUGACGCUCGGCUGCCGGUCCAGUUCGCUACUCGAACUGUCGCCGGCUCUCGAGUCAUUUAGACGCUAUUUAGAUGUAAUCCUAAAGAUCCUUUUUAUUCUUUCCUUCAUCGCUCGUGUGUAAUCUGCUGUCCCUGGCAUCGAGUCGGAGUCGCUCGGCGAGGAGGAGGUAGCGGCGCCGGGCGCUGGGCGUGAGGCGUGAGCGCACAUGCUCGCCCGUGUCCGUCUUUGUUUGAAUCUCCGCCGAUUCUUAUCGACGUCUUUUGGUUUUCUCGAUUCAUUUGCGUAUUCUUUCGAUCCGAGCGUGGCCUAGCAGCGGUUUUCUGCCGCUGUCGGCUCGUCUGCUUCGCGGCCGCCUCCCGCGGCGCUCCAGCCUGUCGUCUUCCAUGUGAUUAAAAAGACACCGCGACGCCACGCUCGGGACCGCCGGCUGGCAAGGAGAGUCGUCGCGAAGCAUGAACUGUGAAAUUCCCGUUGGCAUUCAAAGAAGACUGCGGAGAGGAAAAAUAAAAGGGGGGGAGGAGGGGCACGUGGAUCAAAACCUGCGGCGCCAUCUUUAAACCCGAUCGCUCCGUCGCAUGGCGUCCUUAUAACUGUGUGUGUGUGUGUGUUUUUUUACUCGUUUCCGUUACCGCCGACCACUGUCGUUCUACCCGUCCUCCUCACAACCCGUUUCUUUCGUGGCCGCUCAUCCCCCGUGGCCACUGCUAGUGCCAAACAAAAAGGAGAAGAGAGAGAGAAAAAGAGCUACGACGAGCUGAGCUUCGUGCGUAGAGAUCGACGCGUAUUUAAAAACUGUGAACGGUGCGUUUUCCCACCAGGCGGCCGGCGUAACGGCGGAGCGGGGCGACCGAGGAGACGCUCGGCCCCGGAGCCCUCGUGCGGAUCACUGUAAAUAAUGUACACGCUCUGACGCGUUGUUCAGUGUGAGCGUAGUAUUUUUGUGACAUACUAAAAAGCUUCUAGUGGAGAGAAAAACGCUCCGUCGCUGAGAGGGACAGCUCAAAAAACGCUGUUUAAAAAAAAAAUCGAUGUAUCUAUUUAUUUAUUUAUUCAUCGGAUGGCAUAGGCUCCCGUCACUACGGUAACUGUCAUUGUAACCUCGACAAGCACCGCACCUGCACUGUCCGCCGCUGUGCACCAAGGGAACAUUUUAAUGACUUCAUUCAAUUCACAACAACAAACCAACAAAAAAAUAGUAAUACUAAAUGUUAUUUUUUCAUCUAGAGAACAAAAUAUGUAUUUACGUUUAUAGACGAGAGUCACACACAUCGAUGAAAUAGUUGCGUGUCGUUUUUUUGAUUGUUGCUCAAAGAUAUAUUGUUGGGUUUUUUUCCGCCUAAUUUAGAUACAUUAAAUGUGCCAUAUCAAAGUAUUUUUUCAAAGAUGAAAUAGUGGACACAAAAAUUCUCAUGAUUGAAUUGGAGAGAACAAAGUGUGAAAAUGACUAAACGGAGCCGUCUACUUGAAGCCCGUACGGCGAUGGCACUCAAGACGGAAAAGUCGCCCGACAGAUGAUAAAAGUAUCGAUGUUCAGACGCUCCGAUUGGGAAGUAUAUCAGCUUUUACCGAGGUGAGGCUAUGAACAUCAAUCGAUUGAUUAUUUAUUGGGUCUAAAUAUAGAGAGAGGACGAUGGCUUCUGUAGCUAGGAACCCCGUCGUCCACCAGACUGAACUCUAUGCAGUAGACGCUCCAGUGAGAUUUUAUAUCCUCUAGAUUGGCGAAGAUUUGAGCCGCGCACGUCUUCCUCGACUGAAGGACGUUUGAGCAAAUCAUAUUUAGGUUAAAAAAAGGAAAAAAAAGUGCAUCUUGGAAGGAAUGUGCAACAGUUGAUAUCCGGACUCAUGUGAUCAUGUUAUUUAUUUUUUUACACAUAUAUUUUGUAUAUGUAGAUUUCGUAAGUCUUAAAACAAAACAAAAAAGGAAAUAUCCAGAACCAUCUCUCACGUUGACCAAGGACAGCUGUCACUUUACUUUAUUUCAGUUUCUUUCCACGAAGAAACUGUUUUUGGUCAUUUGCACUUGUCGUAGAAAUAUGAAUAUAAAUAAAUACGUAUAUAUAAACAGUAUAUACAAUAUAUGGAAGCAAAACAAAUUAGUUUCUAGAAGUAUUUACACACAGUAUUUAAUGUUUUUAGUGUUGCCUGAAUGUCGGACCAUAUGUUGAGAAUGCUGCUAGUAUCAAUAGAUUUAUUUGUACUGUAAAUAGAGACUAAAGCAACAUUAAAGAUCAAGUGAAAAAGGGUAGAGACAUACAUAUCAGUGGUACCUGUAAACAUUUGGCCUGAGAUCUCUGGACAGGGUUAGCUUUCUGUUUUAUUAGAAAACUAUUCUGAAUACCGUGAUGCAAUAUUACAACCGAGGGUAAACCCUCCACCUUUCUAUUCUCUUUUAAAAAGAAAUGCUCUCUUGAUUAUCAUCAUCUUUAAUCCCAUAAGUAAAGUGAACCAAUUUCAAUGCAACCGAUUUUUAAUUUACUCCCCCAAAAAAGUUACAGGAAUCACCAAAAAUACGUUAGAAAUAUUGAAAAAAAGAUUCAUCUGCAACGUUUCUAACACGCGUACCUGUGACACCUGCGAUGCUCGAGAAGCAGCCGCUCCUAGUUUUCAAAGAUUCAAGGGUGCCAAGUCAUGAAGAAUUUUUUUCUUUAAUACGCUUGCCGCACUUAUUAACAACUGACGAAAAGAGGUCGUUUUAACGCUUAAAAUCAGUUUUUUUGACGAACGCGGCUAUUUCGGGAAUGUCUCCGCAACAUCGCCUGCAUCGACUGAGCCUUUUAAACCGAUUCAAAAGAAAAGAUAUCUGAUGUUUAUUGGAAAUGAAUUUAUUUAUGGAAUUAUAAAUGUUUUAUAAUUGCUGUUUGCAUGGUACUAUGUGGCAAUAUUUGUUUGAGUGGUUUCUAGAGUGAUGACUUUCAUGUUUAAGGGCCAGAGUGGGUAAAAGGUUGUCAAACGUCCUCAUCCAGUUUUCGGCUGCGAGAACUCCGGAGGGUUUGGGACACACGGCUAGACCUUGAAAACAAGUCUUUUUGCAAACAAAAUAAAUAAUAAUAAAGUAUGCGUUCAGUAUAUUGUUACUUGUUAUAUUUCAAUCUCGCUCAAAUAGUCUGAAUAGAUUUGAGUUUGCGAAUGGAUGGGCCUCCGAAGCGGUCAUUUCACCUUUGUAAAUAUAUAUCACUUAAAGUCAGAGACGCUGUAACCGACUAGUGUUGUCUUUCGUUAUACACUGUUCUAUCACUGUGGACAAAGUCUUAGAGUUUUGUAAGAUUAUGUGCAAUAUCGUUCUCACGCUGGUCACUUUUUUUUUUCUUCGUCACAAUUAUUUAUUUUCUGUAAACAAACUGGAGGUUGUCACUUUAUUUCACGAGCGUGUUCGUCACCGGGUCGUUCAGACGUAGAGCGACAGAGUUCAUCCCGAACGUGGCUGAAGCGCUUUCAUCCCCGAGGGGAACUCCGACCGCUCCGGUCUGUCCAGCGAGAGCCAGCCUGCUCUGGACACUCCCACAGCGGCCUCUGGUGGCGCACACGUGUAUUACAGCUCUCUAAAACAAUAAGAUUACAUAACAUCAUCUUGCUGCAGGUUUUUUUUGAACGACAAUAAAGCCGAAACCUACCCGCUGAUUAUGUUGACAUCUUAGCGUUUCAGCUAUUUUAUUUAUUUUCGUGGACAUUUUUAAGCACGCAUCACACAUUCUUUUCCUUUCUAUUGCCAAAAAAGAAGAAAAAGGAUAAUAUUAACCGUUACAUUUAAAGUGCUUGUCACUCAAAUCUGUGAGGUGAGCCUUCCCAGAAUCCCUCCUCCCCCCCACACCCCAUCUGCCCCAAUUCCCCGGCCUCUCCCCAUCCCAGCCACUACAUCCGCCCAGCUCUGUAUUUUUUAAUGUGAUUGCAGUGUAAUUCUGAAAAAAUGAUCAAAUAAUAUAAAACUUGCGCUUCCAAUCAUGGCGCUGGCUCUGUUUGGACGACACGAGAUAGUCUACUUAGAAACCAGCACGCCCCCCCCUCACCCCACCCCACGACUGAUCCACGAGUAAGAUCAGAUCCUUCUUCUUCUUCGCCUGCACAACUGUAGCAUGAGACAAACUUGCCGGUGAUCAUUACUCAGUCUCCAUCCUUAAAUGGAUAUUAAGGGCUCUGAAACACAUCUGUUACCGGGUAGAGGCGGCUGUCCCGAUAAGACACCGACAGAGAGAGAAAAAAGAGAAAAAAACAGCCCCAGAUUAUGGCAGAGAGGGACGUAAACACACACACACACACACACGUGUCUGUAGCUGAGAGGAGAUCGCGGCCCUCGGUGCGUCUGAUGACGGAGGAGCGCGGCGCUCACAGCUCAGACCGUCGGCCUCUCUGGGAGUUUAGGAGAAGAACUCGAGUGUCUGUCCACGCAGUGCAAGCAGAGCCAGGUGCCAGACAUGUUGUGUAACUCAGUGCAUGCAUGAAUUACCCUGAACAAGGUGUAUUGACAAUAUAUUGGGUGUUUGUGGUAUACAAGUAUUUGUUUAUAUCAGUUAGAAAACAUUUAUUUCUAGUCGUAUGAAUUUAUUUUUUUCUCCAAUCUUUCCUUAGGACUGGCCAAUCAUUGUAGUCAAGAUUAUUAUUAUUAUUAUAGGACGAUUCUAUUUUUUAUGGUAGAUUUGUUGACAAGGUCUUCUCAUUGUGUCAAAUUGUAUCUGCAGAUAAACUGAUAACCAAAGUAUAUAUUUCAGUUAACGACAUACACGGUGCGCUCCAGUGAAUUGGAUGCAGUCGACAUGGUUUUAUUUCCCACUUGAAAUAAAAUGGAACAAAGUUCAGUUCACAAAUUGUUUCUAUUGGGUAAGAUGAUGAAAGUGCCAAAGUAGUAGAGGAGAUGCCAGCAGAAAAACUAUUUUAUUAUUAGGUUAUAUAUUCAGUGUAUAUUGAAGUAUAAUAAAAGUAUAAUAAUUACCAAUCGCAAAAAAACUCGUCUGGUCAGUCGAUAUUCAGACAACCUUGAAAGACAAAGUUUAACAUUUUGGGGAAUGCGGUUAUUCAACGAGAGUUAUUACAGAGCGAAAAUGUGGAGAACAAACCAAAAAUAAUAACGUCCACCAAUCAGCAUCCAACAAUCAUUCAUCAGCCUCUUGCAUCUGGUUUGAUUGGACAAAAACAAAAGAAUUGUUGCCCAAAAUGUCCCAUCACAUAAUUUGAUCUUCAACAUUCGUGAAAUUGUCAUUAGAAUAUAAAUUUUGUUCUGGCCCAACAUUUUUUUGUGUGACAUUUGUGCAUCAUCGUUAUCAUAUUUACCCCGACAAGCGACGACGUUAUCGAUCUUCACAUUUAACUCUCGGGAAUAAACGCGUUCCCCGCUUGCCUUACUUCAUUUACGGAGUACUUCCCUCCAGAGGAACCCCGUCACGGUCCAGCUUUGAAUUCACUGGAGUUGUGGGAAACAUUUUGUAUAGAUGCCUGACAAUGUAAUGGAUAUAUAUAUAUGAUAUAUAUCUACACACACAGCAUACACACAGACACGCUUGUAUCAAAUUUCAGUAAUAUGAAAAUGCUUUUUUCAUUCCGAACUGUUCCCGACUCUUCCUGGAUACUGUCCCUGGUCUUCUGGUCACGCCGGAGUGCGUUCCUUUCAGUUUUGUGGGAGUGUGUAUGUGUGUACAUGUGCACUUGUAACGCUGGGGGCGGGGUGGGAGGGGGCUACAUGUAAAUAAAUCAAAUAGUUAGCGUGGAGGUGUUCUUUUUGUGUCGUUGUAAGUUAAAUAUUAUCACAUUUUAAAAAAGAACCUAUUAUUCUCUAUUGUGUUUCAUGGUACAUUAAAAAAAAGAAAAAGUUGUAUCUUACAUUUCAAAUGCUUAUAUCUAUGGCUUCUGGCGAUACCCGUUCCAUUUUAUAGAUUUGUCAGCACAAAAUGCAAUAAACCAAUACCAUUUUAUUACA